AUGAAUAUCACAGCUGCUUGGGAUAUGGGCUUCACUGGGAAAGGCGUGGUACUUUCUAUGUUAGACGAUGGAAUCGAGAUGACGCAUCCUGAUCUCAAAGAAAACUACGACGCAAGGGCUUCUACUGACAUAAACGGCAACGACGACGAUCCCACGCCGCGGUACAACAAGGGAAACGAUCGUUUGAACAUCGAAGAUCCCAACGCUUACACGACAAAAUCUGCCAGUCCAAAGAUUACUGAUAAUCUCAAGGGAUAUAUCAAGGAAAUUAAUCGUCAUGGAACACGAUGUGCUGGAGAAGUGGCAGCCUCUGCAAAUAACAACGUCUGUGUUCCGGGAGUGGCUUACCAUGCCAAGGUCGGUGGCGUGCGUAUGCUCGACGGAGAUGUAACUGAUCUCGUUGAGGCUAAAUCUAUCGGACACAACCAGGACUACGUUGACAUUUAUUCCGCAAGUUGGGGACCAGAUGAUGAUGGACGAACAGUAGACGGUCCCGCAAAACUGGCAAUUAAGGCGUUCCUUGAUGGUGCUACAGAAGGAAGAAAUGGAAAGGGCAAUAUUUUCGUUUGGGCAUCUGGUAACGGAGGUCGAUACCAAGACAACUGUAACUGCGACGGAUACACUAAUAAUAUCUAUACAAUCAGUAUUAGUUCGACGUCAGAGAGGGAAAACAUCCCUUGGUACUCUGAGCCUUGCGCCUCUACACUUGCUUCUACUUAUUCUUCUGGUGGCUCUGAUGAGAAACAGAUUAUCACGACUGAUUUAAGGGGAAUGUGUACCAAACGACACACUGGUACGUCCGCAUCAGCUCCUCUCGCGGCCGGAAUCAUUGCACUAGCAUUGGAGGCGAAUCCAGAACUCAGCUGGCGAGAUGUUCAGCAUAUUCUUGUGCGUACAUCCGAAAAGCACGACCUUCAUACAAAGGAUUGGAACCAAAACGCAAUGGGUCGAUGGUUUUCGAACAGAUAUGGCUACGGACUGAUGAACGCGGGAAGAAUAGUAGAAACAGCUCUGAAAUGGCAAACUGUUCCUCCGCAAAAACUCUGCACGCUGGUUCCCGUGUCGCAAAAUGGUGAAGGCCUCGGGGUUAAGUCUACGAAGGGCAACACGCUUAGCAUAGAGUUCGAUUUCAAGUGCUCCGAAAAUCUUAAAAUGUUGGAACAUGUGACAGUAGUUCUUUCACUUACUCCUAGAGGUCGACGAGGAGAUCUUGAGAUCAAUAUAAUCUCUCCGCUAGGCACAAAAUCAAAUAUUUUGGGACAGAGACCUCACGACAUGGUCCAAUCUGCUGGUUUCAAUCGCUAUGAGUUUUUGUCCGUUGAGUUCUGGGAUGAAAAUCCUGACGGCAAAUGGAAAAUCGAGUUCAAUAAUCUUAACACGAAAGGAUCUGGUGACCCAGUGGUGCUGAAAGAAGUGGAAAUUCGUUUCCGUGGAUCAGAAGGCUUCUCACAAGAACAGCCGAUAGAAGAAGAUGUGGUCAAAGAGCAAGGGUCCAAAGAAUGUGUCUUACACUUGGAUGCUCUGAUAGGGACUCUAUAUCCGAAUGACACUGAGAAACCUGAAAAAACGACCAAGAAGCCAGAAGUGACUCCUCAAGAAGAAAAUGAUCCCCCUGAAAUAAAAACUACCACCUCGAAGCCAACGACACAAAAACAGACAACAGAAGAAACCACAACGACAAAAGUAACGACAAUCAAAUCGAGCAUAAAACCCGAUGAUCCUCCCCCUUCUCGUACAAUUCAUAGACCAAAAUUGCCAGAUGACGAUGCUGACAAUCACUCAGACAUUCAAUCUCUUCUUAUUAUGCUGAUUUUCGGCGUGCCUACUCUGUAUCUAUUGUUCCAGCUCAUUGUAAAGUAUAAGAAGAAAGACCGAGUCGUGUACAAGAAACUCCCUACAAUAUCUAACUAA